AUGUCAACAGGCAAGAUGAAUCAGGAAGACGUUUUUGCAAAAUUGAAGAAGGAUGUUCGUUCCCUGCUCAUUUCAUCUAAGAUGGCCUUGGACCCUGAGCAGCUCAAGAGAGACUAUCUCAACAUGCUGGGGCAUCCCAUGCCCCUGAAACACCUGGGCUUCAGAAACAUCAUGGAUAUGGUGAAGGAGAUGCCUGAUGUGGUGUCAGUGAACUUCAGGGCAGAUGGCAGCCCGGUCUUAAAGGCUGUUAGCGACGAGUCCACCCAAAACAUAGAGGUUUUGGUAGCUAAUCAGCGCACAUCUAAGGCUGAAAAGAAGGUCAGAAAAGGAGGUGUUGGCUACUUCUGGCCCCGUUUUUGUUAUCCGCCCCCCACUGUAGUCCUUCCCAGAAGAGGUCGUGCUCCUCCGGCUCUUCCUGCCCAGCUGAGGGCACAGCUGCGCACACUGCUCACCUUGGGUCCACUCCGGUUGUCUGACUUGGAGGUCUGCUUCCUGCGCUGCUUCGGCCACCCGCUCCGUGUCCACAACUACGGCUUCUACUCCACUGGAGAGAUGCUGCAGGCAGCGGCAGACCUGGUCCUUGUCAAGCAGGGCAGACUGGGCUCAGUUCUGACCCUGAGGGAGCACAUGGUGCCCAGGCAGAUGUCCAGCUUUCCAAGGAAGACUGGACCAAUAAAGUCAGUGUCACCUGCAACUGACAAGUCGGCCACCAAAGGGCAAGACACCAGAGCUCAGACACCAACAGUACCCCCAGCUGCAGUGAAGCCGAAUCCUCCGAACCAGCCCUCUACUGAGUUACCUUCAGCCCCUGUCGAUACAGAGCCAUCAACUGUCAGUAACAAGCCAGAGAUGGUUGAGGAAAACCAGGAAGUGGACCGAGAGCUCUGCCAGGAAGGUCGGCUUAUUCAGAAAUGUACCCUUAAGCUGGAGGAGGAGCUUCGCCAGCAAAUCAUGGAGAAUGGAGUCGCUGGCACCGUUAGUCAGGAGCUGAAGAACAAGCUACGAAAGGUUGUAGGUCAGGCCAGUGAUGGAUUAUCUGUGCAAAAACUACCUGCUGAGUACAAGAAGCUUUUUGAUGAGGACUUGCCGCUGCGGCAAAACGGCUUUGCCAGCGUCACUGAACUGAUCAUGGCCAUAAAUGACACCUUCCACCUGAAACCUACAGGGCAUGACAGUGGACAGCAGUGGAUAGUCAUGGACAUACAGGACAGUGACAUUACACAAUCAGGUUUAUGUAAAGAUGUGAAGCAGCCACAUAUGAGCCACAGCUUGAGCUGUGGAAAGUCUCCCUGGGAAGACAAACUGGAAAGAAACAGUGAUGUCACGAACGAUGACAAGAAUGAGGAGACCAAUAACAAUUUCAAGACCCACGAAAUGACCUCUGAGAUCUGCCCUACCAUUAAGGUGCAUUGCAGCCCUGCGCUUCCUCUGGACGCGAUGCAGAGUCAACGUCUCAAACAGCCAGUGCGCCAUCAUGCUCGAGAGCUGAUAGAAGUCCUGGUGGAACAGGUGGAGUCACCUGGACGUUUCCACAUCCGCUUCAGCGAGAGUGAGGAUGCCCGAGCUAUGGAGGACAUGAUGAUUGAGAUGAGACGAUAUUACACCUGGCCUGAGAUGUCAGAGCGCUACCGCCUCCCGGAGCAGUUUGUCAGACGGGGUCAGGUCUGCUGUGUGUCUCCCAAAGGAAUGUGGUUCUACCGAGUGGUGAUCCAUCAGAUCAUCAGCCCCACUCAGGUCGAGGUGUACUACGUUGACUUUGGUGACAUGACCGUGGUACAGAGCGCCAACCUCAAGUUCCUCAAGUCAUGUUACUCAGUGCUUCCAGCACAAGCUGUUCCAUCAUCACUCGCUGGAAUUAAACCCACCACUGGCAGCUGGACUGCUGAAGCCACGGCUUCUUUCCAGAAGCUGUGCUCCGAUCACACCCUGGUGGGCGCUUUGGAUUGUUACGUUGGAGAUGUGCUGCAGCUCUACCUGUGCGACACAAGCGCUGAUGACGACAUCUACGUCCACAGUGCCCUGCUGAGCCAGGGCCACGGGACAGCCUGCAGCCCUGCAGCCAGUGCAGCACUUUGUGUCCAGGUGACCCCAGUAAGUCUCUACCUGGGGGAGGGAAUGGUUGAGCUGCCAGAGGUGGAAGUGGAGACUACUUCCUCUUCCAAACCAGAAAACAUGAUUGAACAGACCACGUCGACCUCACUGAAGGUUGAAGAGGAAGAGAUGCCCACCCUGGAGUUCAUUGAUGACAGUGAGAUCAGCUGCCACAUCCAGGAUAAAGACACCAACCUGUUUACUGCUCCGCGACAUGACCAAACCCUCAGCUGCAGUGAAUGGGGCUCGGCCUCAACCAACAAAUCAUCUCCUGCCCACCCUUCCAGUCCCACCUCCAGCUCCCUCGCCCCUCCAGAUUUGAACCAGACCAAGACAACCCCAGCUCACUGUAACGCUGAUCCUAAAACACUAAGCAUGACUCCUCUGCCUACUCUGCAGCCAGCUCCAUCUAGCUUGAAUUCCAGGUCCUGCUCUCCAACACUGGAAGAGGAGCGUCAACGGCCCAAGGACGCUGACCCCUCGUUGGUCAGGUCACCUGAGAUCCUGCGGCCUCUGAGUCAGCGUGUCCCGCUCAAAAUGCGAAAGUCUGGUAUCAUGUUUCCUCUGUUUGGGGCCAGGACAUUUCUGGGCAUCAACCUUUGGGCAGUGGGUAUGUGGCCCCCAGCCGGCAAUGGUGUGCAGCUCAGCAUCAUGAAUGAAGGCGCCUGUAAGCUGCUGCCUUUCAAAAUCCCCACAAAUAUCCCGUCAUGA